AAGUUAGAUUUCCAUCUGGCACUCGCACUAAUAUCAAUCCAUCCAGAGGAAAUGGAAGGUGGGUGGUGUCCUUCGGCUUGGCGACAUUACACUUGAAAGAACCCCGGAUUUCCUUUGCAACGAAGUUUUAGCGCGGGAAGCAAGACAGUUUAUCUCCUUGUGUACAUAAUUACCCCCCACGCCCAAAACUUACCAGAAGGAUCACAACUCACACGCCCAAAAAUGGCAUCUCAAAACCCUAAUCAAAAUUCGUCCCUCUACCCACAAAUUAUCCAAUCAAAACCCGACCCUCUAUUCACCUCCUCCUCCCCAUCUCCAUCCUCAAAUCUCUACCCCAAAAUUGAUCCAGAAGACCUCGUCGAAAACCUUUUUCCUGUACAUGAUCAUUCACAACACGAAUAUCCACGCGCGCAGUCACACGCUCAAGCGCCACCCUCCGCCCCACCGGAGGUUGUUGAGGAAGUCUUGAUAAAGAUCGCAGGUGCUGUUGUUAAUCUAAUUGAUAAAAACUAUAGUGUAGAACUCGCUUCCGGCGAUCUUCACAUCGUUAGGCUUAGUCAGGGAAAUAAUGCUGUGGCUGUUCUGGCCCGUGUUGCUGAUGAGAUCCAAUGGCCAUUGGCUAAGGAUGAGGCUGCUGUUAAGCUUGAUGAUUCUCAUUACUUUUUCUCCCUUAGAUUUCCUAAUGAGAAUUACUCGUCAGAUUCGAGCGACGAGGAGGAUGACAAGAGGGAGAAAAGGGUUGAUGGGGAGAAUAUAUUGAAUUAUGGAUUGACGAUUGCGUCGAAAGGGCAAGAGAGAUUGUUGUUGGAGUUUGAUCAGAUCUUGGGGAGUUAUAGUUGUUUUUCGGUGCAGAAAGUAUCGGAGAAUGCUAAGGAAUUGUUGGGUGGAAAUGUGGCCAAGGAUACUUCGCCGAUGGAUAUGAAGUUAGGAGGGGAGAAGAAGGAGAUUAUGGAGGGGAAAUGUGCUGCCUAUUGGACUACAUUGGCUCCUAAUGUGGAGGAUUAUAGUGGGACUGCUGGUAAGUUGAUUGCUGCGGGGUCAGGGCAGCUGAUUAAGGGGAUUUUGUGGUGUGGUGAUGUAACUAUGGAUAGGUUGAAGUGGGGGAAUGAGGUUAUGAAGAAGAGGAUGGACCCGAAGGAGAAAUCAGAGAUUAGUCCUGCUACUUUGAAGAGGAUCAAAAGGGCUAAGAGGAUGACAAAAAUGACCGAGAAAGUAGCAAAUGGGCUUCUCUGUGGGGUGCUGAAAGUAUCUGGAUUUUUCACAAGUUCGCUUGUGAACUCAAAAGUUGGCAAGAAAUUCUUUGGCCUUCUUCCAGGGGAAAUUGUCCUUGCAUCCUUUGAUGGAUUUAACAAGGUGUGCGAUGCUCUUGAAGUAGCUGGACGAAAUGUGAUGUCAACAUCGUCUACUGUGACAACUGAACUUGUCUCCCACAGGUAUGGUGAAGAAGCAGCCAAAGCUACAAAUGAAGGGCUUGGUGCUACAGGGCAUGCAAUUGGGACUGCAUGGGCUGCAUUCAAAAUCCGAAAGGCAUUUAAUCCAAAAAGUGUACUGAAGCCCAGUUCACUGGCCAAGUCUGCUGCUAAAGCUGCCGCCGCCGAGAAGAAGGCAAAAAAUUCCAAGUGACUGGGAUGCUCCAGUCUCCACUUUUACCUACUGUUAAGAUGAGACAUUAAAUAGAAAUGUUGUUUGUCUGUAGCUGGAUUUAUAUAGUAAUUUUAUAUAAUUUAUGUAACAAUUCAUAGCAAACAUGAUGUGAAAUACUAAACUUGAACAUGCAGCGCUGGCUUUUCUAAUGUAGCUCCUUUCCUGAAUGGGUUCUCA